AUAUAAUAUUAUAUACCUUGUCGUACACAUAAGUGUAUAAAUUAAACACGUCCAUUUAUUCCGGUAUCGGGUAGUUGAUCACUGUUUGUCUUGUAUUCAUAAUGGCAGCCAGCACAGUCCCUUUGGUUAAAUUUAACAAUGGGUUAUCAAUUCCUAUAUUGGGAUUGGGAACAUGGCAGUCAAAGCCUGGCGAGGUCAGAGAAGCAGUGAGAGAUGCUAUCGACAUUGGCUAUCGACAUAUCGACUGCGCCCAUCUCUACUUCAACGAGAAGGAGGUUGGAGAUGCGAUUAGGGACAAGAUUAAUUCGGGAGUAGUUAAGAGGGAAGAUCUGUUUAUAACUUCUAAGUUAUGGAAUACCUAUCACCGACCGGAUUUGGUUGAAAAAGCUGUUCAAAUCUCUCUGGACGAUCUGCAGCUGGACUACCUGGAUCUUUACCUUAUUCAUUGGCCGAUGGCUUAUAAGGAAGGCUCCGACCCGUUUCCUGAGGAUGGAAAAGGGAAAAUCAUUUAUUCAGACGUUGACUAUGUGGACACGUGGAAAGCUAUGGAGAAGUUGGUCGCAAAGGGUUUAGUAAAGAGCAUAGGUCUGAGUAAUUUCAAUACGAAACAAGUACAGCGAGUGUUGGAUGCUGCGAAAAUAAAACCAGUGACAAAUCAGGUAGAAUGUCACCCCUACUUAUUCCAGAAGAAAUUACACAGCUUUUGCAAAGAAAGAGGUAUCACACUAACAGCCUAUAGCCCCCUCGGCAGUCCUCAGAGGCCCUGGGCCAAGCCUGGAGACAUCAAUGUACUAGAUACUCCCAUUAUCAAGACUAUCGCUGCUAAAUAUAAUAAAUCACCUGCACAAGUCCUUAUAAGAUGCGUUAUCGAUCGUGGAAUUAUUGUGAUUCCCAAGAGCACAACAAAGUCACGCAUCGCUGAGAACUUCGAUGUGUUCGACUUCAAGCUGACGCCACAGGACUUGGAGCAGAUCGGAAGUCUGGACUGCAAUGGUCGCCUCAUCCCUCAAGCGGAAGGGCGAGAGCACAAGGAUCAUCCAUUUGCCCAUGGCGACGAAUAAAUUGAAGUCAAUACUCAUUUCAAACUUUGAAACCUUUGAAAAUUACGACGCCCGAAUUCAAAUAAUAUCACAAUACUGUUAAGUAUAUGAUUAUUGUUAUUACAUUUGUCGCACCGCU